CAGAGGAGCACUGGGCUGUUCUUUUGUAGCUGUUUGGGAGGAUUUAUGUAUUGAAACAAAAUGUGCACAUCAUGCAUUAAUGCAGCAUUAACUUAAACCAAAUCUUUAUGUUGGAACUGAUGAAACCAUGGGAGUGAACAAUGGAUCGGCUAUUUUGGAAGAAGAACAACAGGAAACGUCUACAGACCAAAAAACAUAUAUAGCCCAGCUACUUAGGAUAAUCUACAAACCUCGCUGUGGGGGGGCAGCUGAAGUCCCUGCAACACUUCAGCAAAUAAAAUUGAAACUAUCAGCACUGCUACAUUCCAUCAUAGGCUUGUUCAGUCACUACAGACAGCUGGCUCAUUACUUCUCUCUGCUCUGCUUUCUGCUCACCAUCAUCACUCUGUUCCAGACUUUCUGCUUGGUUCAGAUCACCUUGAUGUUCCAGUCACAGUCAAUCCUGCAGGAAACCAAACUAAGAGAUCUGACAAACAGACUGGAGAAGCUCAACCAGUCGUAUCGCCUCCUGUUCUCCCAGUAUCCAGCUCUGAACGAGUACUGCCCAGUCAGCAACUCCACCACCAGUGAGAGAGUGUGCAGACCAUGUCAAGCCGGCUGGACACAUCAGGGAGAGAAAUGUUUCCUCUUCAGUCAAGACAGAGCGGACUGGAUCAGCAGCCAGUACCACUGUCUGGCACUAGGGGGCGCUGUGGCCACAGUUAGAACAGAGGAGGAGCAGGUGUUUCUGUGGAAAAAGGCUCAGAGUCUGAGCCAUGGAGACUCGUACUGGCUGGGCCUGAGGAGCAGUGGUGGUGACAGGGGCUGGCAGUGGAGUGACGGCUCCCCGGUGGAAAAGGGACCCAAGUUUUGGGAGCGUGAGCCCGAUCAAACAGACAGCAGGGAGCUGUGUGGUCGACUCGCCCCAGGAGACGACUACAGGAGGAGCUGGUUCACUUACAGAUGUUCCAACCUUCUCAGGAGGAUCUGUGAAAGGAGACAAGCUACUCUACAGUGAGAGGAAAGGAAAUGAAAUAAGUUACAAAGAAGCAGAAAGGGCCAGAUUAGUAAGAAGCAAUUCAGAAGCAUGCAACUGAUAUGAGCCUAUAUAAGAUGUUGAUUUAAAUGUAUUAGCUAAAUAGUAAUAAAAUACUAAAAUAAUUCUUGUAUGUUUGAUGUAGCCUUUUAGUUGUUAUUGUUUGGUGUUUCCUUACCAGGGAUAUAACUUCACUGAUCAUUAUUCAAACUCCUCUGAAGAUUAGUAAUAUUUGUGUGUGAUUUUGCCUUUAAAAAAUAAACAAUAGGAAUACUA